GCCAAUCGAUACUUAGUAUAUGUAUCGUGAUAGCUUCAACUCUAUUUACAAUCUUUAAAUGAUAAAAUACUGGACGUUAGGUGGAUUUGUAAACACUUUUAUGGAUUGCUAUUGGAUGGAGAUUGACGCUAAUUUAUUCGUUUCUUAAUUCAUAGAACUGGCUGCAAUAUGUAAAAUGCAUCCAUUUAGUUAAAUGGUCUUAUUUUAAAUUGUAAUAUGAUCAUUACUUUCAGUGCUGAAAUGUCACAAGCACAUUUAAUAAAACCUAUAUGAUAUGUAGUACAUCAAACACUGCUAAUAGUUUUUAAAAAAUAACCAAAUAUCCAUAACAAUGGACAUAAUAUUUAUUUUUAUAAACUUUUUAUAUAGCUCAAGAUUAGUUAAAUGACAAUGCACCAUAAUGAAAAAACAAUACAUUAGAGCGCUAAUUAUAUCUACUAUCAGUAUUUUGUGUUACUACAACAGUUUUAAUUGUGGAUUUGUGUUUGAUGACAUUAGUGCAAUUAAGGAGAAUCGAGAUUUAAGGCCACACACUCCAUGGAAGAAUGUUUUUUUCAACGACUUUUGGGGGACUGCAAUUCACAAGGAGCAGAGCCAUAAAUCGUAUCGUCCCCUAUGUGUUAUUACUUUUCGACUAAAUUAUUAUCUUCAGCAACUAGAUCCAUAUGGCUAUCAUAUCGUCAAUGUGUUAUUGCAUACUGCUGUCAGUUUACUGUAUCUCAAGAUGUGUUCGAUGUUUUUACCUGAUUUACCCAGCUUCAUUGCUUCCGUGCUUUUCACCGUGCAUCCUAUUCAUACAGAAGCAGUAACUGGAGUUGUUGGAAGAGCCGAGACACUAUCAUCUGUAUUUUUCUUAAGUGCUUUCAUAUUUUAUGUAAAUGCAGCAAAAAAUAAAAAUAAAGUUGGAUGGCAAUCACUUUCUAUGACAGUUAUAUGUAUUAUAUCAGCUAUGUUGUGCAAAGAACAAGGUAUCACUAUGACUGCUAUAUGUGCUGUUUAUGAAGUAUUUGUAAGACAAAAAAUAAGACUCAAUGAUCUUAUGCAGUUGUUAAAAUGGAUAUUAAAUGGAAAACCAAUAAAAAAUACAUGGCCAUCUGAGGCAACAAAACGGUUAUGUGUUCUGACAGUAUCUACUAUUGCACUCCUUUUCUUGAGGAUUUUGAUCAUGGGAGCAAAGCUACCCAUUUUCACGAGAUUUGAUAACCCUGCUUCAGCAGCUGCAAGUCCUACUCGCCAAUUGUCAUAUCAUUAUCUUAUUUCAUUAAAUUCAUGGCUGCUACUAUUUCCUUGUGAUUUAUGUUGUGAUUGGACAAUGGGUAGUGUUCCUCUCAUUUCAUCUUUUAUCGACCCUCGCAAUAUUUCAACAAUUAUUUUGUACUUGACAUUAAUAACCUUGGCACAUGCUGCUUUGAAUUGUAACAAUAAACAGAAAGAAGUAGUCAUAAUCAUGGGUUUAGCAUUUAUGGUUUUUCCAUUUCUUCCUGCAUCUAAUAUAUUUUUUCCUGUGGGAUUUGUUAUAGCAGAAAGGGUCCUUUACAUGCCUUCCAUGGGAUUUUGUAUUUUAGUUGCAUAUGGCUGGUUUCAUUUAUAUAUGAAUAGAUUUCGGAAACUUUCAUGGAUAGGACUCACUAUAUUAUUGUUUUUUCAUGGUGUCAAAACAUACCGAAGAAAUUGGGAUUGGGAAACAGAAUACACCUUAUUCAUGGCCGGUUUACGUGUUAAUCAAAGAAAUGCAAAACUUUUCAACAAUGUUGGUCAUGCAUUAGAAUCACAAGGGAAAUUUCACGAGGCCUUGCAGUUUUUCAAUAAGGCAGUUAGUGUUCAACAAGAUGAUAUUGGGGCUCAUAUCAAUGUCGGAAGAACUUAUAACCAUCUCAAUAUGUUUAAAGAAGCUGAAGAAGCCUACUUGAAGGCUAAAUCACUUUUGCCAAAAGCUAAACCAGGCCAAAGUUAUCAAGCAAGAAUAGCUCCAAAUCACUUAAAUGUGUUUUUGAAUUUGGCUAAUUUAAUUGCGAAAAAUGAAACUCGUCUUGAAGAAGCUGAUUUAUUGUACCGUCAAGCCAUUAGUAUGCGUGCAGAUUAUACUCAGGCUUAUAUCAAUAGAGGUGAUGUUCUCCUGAAAUUAAAUCGCACAAAAGAAGCACAAGAAGUCUAUGAACAAGCUCUGUUUUAUGACAGUAAUAAUCCUGAUAUAUAUUAUAAUUUGGGUGUCGUAUUUCUGGAGCAAGGUAAAGCUUCACAAGCUUUAGCUUACCUUGAUAAAGCUUUAGAGUAUGAUCCAGAGCAUGAACAAGCUUUGCUUAAUUCUGCCAUACUUCUUCAGGAAUUGGGUAGAGUAGAACUAAGAAAACUUGCUCGUGAACGUCUUUUGAAAUUGCUUCAAAAGGAUGUAAAUAAUGAAAGGGUUCACUUUAAUCUCGGAAUGUUAGCUAUGGAUGAUAGAGAUAUUUCUGGUGCUGAAAAUUGGUUUCGUAAAGCUAUUGAAAUCAAACCUGACUUUCGAUCUGCUUUAUUCAACCUAGCAUUACUUCUUGCAGAUGACCAUCGACCAUUAGAAGCUGCUCCAUUUCUUAAUCAACUAGUUAAAUAUCAUCCUGAUCAUGUAAAAGGACUUAUCCUUUUAGGUGAUAUUUAUAUAAACAAUAUUAAGGAUCUUGAUGCUGCUGAGAAUUGUUAUAGGAGGAUUUUAGAACUUGAACCUGAAAAUAUACAAGGUGUUCAUAAUCUUUGUGUGGUUUACGUUGAGAGGGGAUUGUUAGAGAGUGCAGAAGAAUGCCUAAAGAAAGCUCAUAAAUUAGCUCCUAAAGAAGAUUAUGUUUUAAGACAUCUGACAAUUGUCCGAAAUAGAAUUGCUUUAACAAAGAAAAAUGGCGUACAAAGCAGUUCAGAACAAACUAAUCAUGUAUAGUAAAACUUAAUUCUGUGAUUUGUGUUUCCUCACUUAAUUUAUUUUCAUAUUUAAACAUCAUUGAUUUUUCAUUUUUAAAACUAAUUUAAAAAUAAACGAACAAGUACAUCAAUGAUUAUUUUAAAGAAAUGCUCAUGCAAAAUCUAUUUGUGACUCAUUACUUGACAAUGUAUAUAGAAUGGAUUUAUUCAUUAAUUAAAGGAAAAGAAGGUGCAGAAAAUUAAAAAAAAAAUUGUAAAUUUUAUCUUUGUAAAAUAUUUAUAAAUCCUUGUAUUUAAUUGAAAGUAUAUUUAUAGGUAAACACUUUUUAUAUUGAAGUAAUAUUAAUAAGUGAUUGAUUGUUAUUUUUUUUUAUAUAUAAAUAUAUCUAAAGUUCUUGUUGAUCUUU